AUGUCCGAAUCCGAAACCGAGUGGCCGAGCGACUACUUUAAAGGCUCUGACUCUGAGGAAGAGGGCUCUGAGACCCACGACAAGGACGACGACGGCUACGAUUCCAAAUGGUCUGCUAUUGCAAGAGAACAGGACCUUGAAUUACGUAAAGGGCAAUCUUUAUCCGAAAAUCACAAAGAUGAAGACGAACCAACUGGACCCUCUUCUCAGACCAGCAAGAAUAGUAAUUCAAAUAGUAAUUCAAGUAGUCAACGUAAGAAACAUGGCAAAAAAGGCAAAAAAACUUUUGGCCUACCAUUUGAUCGCCCGGGCUUUCAAACCUUCAUUGAUCACGGCACUACUCUCGAUGCUGAAGGUUACCCUCUACUUCCCAAUGGCUCGACUGUCUUUGUCAAACAACCCAACCGAACGUAUACCAACUGGUGUUCUUUCGGUUUCUCUAGUACUACUUCUGGCGGGGGUAAAAAGGAAGGAUUUGACUGGCGAACUGUCCGGUUCACCUGCCUAGGUGUAACAAUGUGCAAUAAUCGCGACUGCGACUUUCUUGGCGCGCCUCCCACAUCCAAUUCCAAGAGAGCCGAGUGGGAAACCAAAUCCCAUAAAUGCCCGGCGGCGAUGUGCCCAGAUUAUCUUCGCCUGGUACCAUGCGUUGGUACGAUUUGCCGAGUGGACGAGCACCUUCCAUCUGGAUGGGUCAUCGUCCGACACUCAGGUAUUCACAAGCAUCCAUGGCCACGGCGUAGCAAACCCGACAAGCUGGCCUUAGCAACCUUUGCACUAAAGGUGGUUGAGAAUCCCGAUCUGGGACCAUUACAACACAAGGUUGGGCAAGCUCCCGCAGGAAAGACUGCGAUAACGACAUCUACCGACAUUCAUCCGGCACUGAGCAAUUUGCAUCGCCUAGGAUAUUACCGCCGUAUUCUUUUGGUGCAGCAUGGCAUAAUCCCGGUGGAGGCGACAGCUUUGUAUUAG